GUGCCCGUGUUUCGCGACGAAGAGCAUUUCGCAGUAAAUCAAGUAAACACGUGCGAUCACAUUGUUUUCCUAAAGAGUUUGAUAAAGUUUAAAACCCCAAAAUGAAGAUAAAAUCCGACAAAAAGUUAAAAAAGAAAGACUCAAAGUUGCUUUCGAUUAAAAAAACGUCAAAGAACAUCGCAAAGCCGAAAGAGAAAAAGUCUGCGGUAAAAGCAGCCCCGGUAGUCUUACCGGCCACUUUUGCUGAGCAAAAGGUACUGUCGGUUAAAAAGAAAAACAAGCAAAAAUUGAAGGUGCCUGCUGUCCCUGCAGUUACUGCAGUUGUUCCUGUAAAACCUAGCAAACCAGAGUCUACAGAAAAAUCCAAGAAAAAGAAGCAGAAAGUCCAAAAUGUGGUCGUUCCAGUCCAGAAAGCAGAAAUUCCUAAAGGACCAGACAACCAAAAGGCCAAAAAAUUAGACAAAGCAUCAAAGAAAACUCCUAAGGUAACUAAUCUACCGAAAGCAGCCGAAUUGCCCGAAACCAAUGAAGCAAAGGCCAAAAAAGAUAAAAAAUCUAAAAAAGUGGCCGAUGAAGCACCGGCUGCGGUAGUAGAAAGCGACCAACCGGCGGAGGUUCCUGACGUAUUGGUCACCAAAAAGACCAUUCAGUCAGCACUGAAAGCCUGCAAGAAAGCGCUGGAGGGAGGUUUUGAGCAAAAGAAGAACCUAUUUGGGGAGGACAUGCGGUAUGCGUUGCAGAUUUCCUCGGUCAAAAUACCGGAUGUGCCAAGCCGUAACUGUAGAAUGAACUUACCGAACCCGAUCUACAAGGAAGGAGAUGACAUAUGUCUAAUUGUCAAAGAUUUGGAACGCGGCAGUAAGCAGGACUACGAGCCUACGCUUCACUACUGGCAAGAUAAGCUGCGUGAUCUUGGAAUCGAUUACGUUUCGAUGAUUAUUCCCUUCCAACAGCUUAAGCAGGAUUACCGACAGUAUGAAAUGAAGCUUAAGCUCGUCCACCGAUUCGAUCGUUUUCUGGUAGACGCUCGUAUUAGCGGGCACGUGUACGGUUUUCUUGGAACCGGGUUUAUUCGGCGGUGUAAAAAUCCCACACCGGUCGUGCUGGAUAAAGAUAAAAAGAUCGUGAAAAACUUCAACAAAGCUUUGUGCCGAUUUACCUAUAAGCAAACCAAUACCGGUAGAACGACUGAAAUUCAGUUUGCUAACCACAAAAUGCCACUGGAUAAAGCCGUGCAGAAUGCUGAAGCAUUGAUCGGAAAUUUGAAAACGCAAUUUCCCGGUGGAUGGUUGAAUAUUCGAACGAUUUAUUUGAAACCGAUGGUCGACAUCAAGUUGUCGCUUCCGCUUUAUGUGAGUAAGAUCGAUCCCAAUUUGGUGCCCGUCCCGAAGGUGCCGGGCCCACGAGAGAAAUUCGAAAAGAAGAUGAGCGAGAAGCUGCUGCAAUCCACUAGGAAUAAGUACGAAUUCCAGUCCGGUAGUUUGGUACGGCACAAUCUCGACGAACGCAGAAAGUUGGAUCGUAAAGGCAAACAGCCGAAGAACGGUAAGAAGAAGGAUGAAGAGCAAAAGCAGCAGCAGGAAGCUGUAGAACAGCACAGCGACGACGAUGAUGAUGUCGAUAUGGAAACUCCACUGGGAAAGGCAAGCGAUACGGAGGACAGCGAUUUGGCGGAUAACAGUGAUUAAUACUUUGGACGAGAAGUAGGUAACUGUUCUUGAUGGAAAUGUUCGUUUUGAAAAUUUCAUUAUUUCUGUACAAUAAAUUAAGAAUUGUUUAA